CCAGCUCCUACUGCAAAAGAAGUAUAUAUUUAAAUAAUUUUCCCCUGUUCGUUUUCUAAUUUUUCUACCGGAAAAAACAAAAUUUAGUUUUCAAGUUCUCUAAAAAAACUUGUAAAACCUAUCCAUCUGACGAAAACGUCAGAGAAAAUCAAACGAAAGUGAUAAAUUAUUUUUUGUUAGUACAAUUGAUUUAAGAAUUAUUAUUAAUUACUGAAAUUUAUUGUAAAAUGUACGGGGAUGGGCCGGUGUUCAAGGCAGAAGGAGCGUCGUUCCGGGAUCAACCCUACGGUAGAGAACUUCCUCAGGGACUAUGGACCACCGGUCUCUGUGACUGUCACCAAGAUGGUCACAUUUGUGUUCAGACAGCUAUAAUGCCAUGCGUCUCCUUCGCUCAAAACACCGAGAUCGUAAACAGAGGAACCAUACCUUGCAUCAGCGCAGGUUUGAUUCAUCUAGCGUUAGGGUUUGUGGGUUGCUGCUGGCUUUACGCGUCCCCAAGCAGGUCAAGGCUGAGGGAACAUUUCGCAUUGCCUGAGGAACCAUGCGGUGACUUUUGGGUCCAUCUCUUUUGCACUUCUUGUGCUAUCUGCCAAGAAUCUAGAGAGCUCAAGAACCGUGGAGCCGAUCCCUCCAUCAGCUGGCUUUCAAAUGUAGAGAAAUGGAGCCGAGAGAAAGUAACUCCUCCUAUAGUUGUACCAGGCAUGAUCCGCUGAAGAGUUUCAUGAUUGUAUCUUACGUUGUAUAAUGUAUAUGUAGAUCUUAUUAGCUUCUCUUUUUUUCUUUCAGUUAGCUUAGGAAAAAAAGUGAAAUAUAAAAAAAAAUUAUUCUGGA